GGACGGACGAUCAAUCCGGUAUUUCGUGAAUUGCUCGCUGGAUCAGUCGGAUCGUGACCAAACCAAGAUCACUGGAAACGAGACAGAAUAAAGUGAUUUUAGUUGGUGUGGAAAUUUCGGAUUAUCCUUUCUCGCGAGAUUUCGUGAGGCAGGGUUUAAAAGAGGACCACAAUGUCAGCAGCUGUAAGAGAGCGGACGACGUCGCACACCAGCAGGAAGAUCGUGAGUCAUGGUGGUCCUAUAUCUGGCCAGAGAGACGGAGCAGCCACGGCCAACAGUCUCGAAAACAACUUAGAUGCACUUCUCGAGGAUUUGCAGACGAGUGUCUCGAGAAGUGCCACUCCUAGCCGAGAUCGUAGAGCACCUUUUCCUCAAAUCGAAUACCGGACAGCUGCUAACCCCGCCAGAGUGGUGGCCGAAGGCAGACCCAUAUCUCCGACUCGUUCAAGGACGACUACCACGGAAAAAUUUGUCAGCAGUGGUCCACUAGGCAUGCCAAGUGGUAUACCAGGACUGGAACAUUUGGACGCAGAGCUACAAGAUGUCCAACCCGGUCAAAGCAAAACGAUAGCGUACAAACAGGUGUCGUAUCACUACAACAAGGACUUGGACGGCAAACCAGAUUCGUGGAUUAUGUCAGAAAAUAAGAACAUACCUCUCACAGGCGCACCCUUGAUCGAGGACAUUCAUGAGUCUACCUACGAAGAAAGUAAAAUUCCAGCAUAUGGAUAUCAAAGUCCAGAACCGACUAUUAAGAAAACAGUAGUCAAUAAAAAAUUAACCUACAGCGACAGUCCAACGUCUCUUUCGAAACAAAUAUCCCCUUCAAGAACUCAGAAAGAUGUCAAAUAUGAGACUAAUUAUCGAACCGAGCCACGAUCGACUCAAAGUACGCAAGAAUACAAAACCAUCGAGUACGUACCAUCGUCAACCGCGGUACCGAUCAAUCUUGCACCCGGUCCAAACACAAAGGUGACAACUACGAUCAAGACAUACACUUACGAAUUGCCGGGAGGACCGGAAACAUAUCUGCCAGGCAGCAAGUCAGGGAGUGUCGUACUGCCUGGCGAUCAAACAAUCACAUACACUUUACCGAGGACUACUGGGACUAGCACCUCUACGGACAAAAUGGUCACCUAUCAAGUGGAGGAUAUACCGGGACGUCCUGGUACACCAGGCAGAUACACUGGCUCGCCCAGCGAUGUCACAGAGAAGUCCACCACCAUACACAAGGAGGCAAAGUUCUAUCGAGACUAUCGAGAGGAACAUCAUGGAGCAUUGCCGUACGGUGGCAGCCAACCGACGCAGCCUUCCUACCGUACUGGCCCGCCAGGAAACAUGGAAACCAAGACGACUGUGACUGAGAAGUACUACCAGGUCGAUAGUGAUCGUCCAGAUUAUCCCAGUGACACGAUAUAUCAGAAUCAACCGCCUACUGUAAGCGAGACGCAUACGAGAACCGUUAAUCGAUUCGAAGAGUACAGAUCUGGUAGACCGCCGUCGAGCGGGCGUUAUCCUGACAAACCGGACACUCCAACGAGGAUUUACAAAUUCUCAAAUACUACAACGACCAUACCGCCGAACAGGAACGUAGACGAUCAUGAGGUCCUCCUGCCGAAGCCGUUUCCGACUGGAGUUCAAGUGUGCCCCGCUAAGCCGAUCACCAACGGCGAGGGACCACCAGCAAAACUCGAGGAUCUCAUGGCUUCAUUCUCCGACUCUGAGCGAGAAGUAUUGGAGGAGAUCGAGAAGAAAGAGCAUCGAAAGGGAAAGGAAUCAUCAAAAAAGAAAGAAGUUGAGUUUUCUCCGCACACACCGCCGCAAGUCAGAAGCAAGAAUGUUGCUGGACCGCCAGUUUACUAUCCUCCUGGCUCGGCAGAGUUCACCAAGAAAGAAGAGGCCAGCGUAGCUAUGUCACAAGCAGGCGGAGGAUGGGAAAAAGCUAGCGGAAAAUACGAAUACGAGGCUUCUAGCAAAAGCAAAACCAAGAGCGGCAAGGGUGGAGCUGUUGUGCCGGUUUGCCUGCCAUUGUGUUGUGCAUUGCCCUGCGUCAUUAUGUAACUUAUUCUUGCAUUAACGUGUCGAUGAAACGCAAUGUACACUUAAUUUAUUACAGUAUAAUAAGAAAAAUUCAAAUUCCAAACUAAACUCAUCAUAACACGAUCCAUCUCAUAAUGUUCUAUCAGAUAUCGAUGUUUCGCCACUAAAAGAUGUUGCGCAAUGAAAUUACACGCUUCAUUGAAAGAAACGCAAACUGAGCCUCAAAUCGAGUAAAGACUUGAACAAUUGAAUAAUUUUUGAGUUAAUCGUAAUACUUGAUUUGACGAAAAGCAUUAUUAGUUAAUUAUUGGUACGUUAGUUUCGAUGUAAUUGAUAUUAAUUAAUCCAAAGCCAUGGUUUAUAAAAAAUUGUAGAAACGUUUAUAACGUAUUCAAAAGCGAUGUUUUAUCUAUUUUAAGAAAUUUUUGGAACUUUGAAGAUAAAGUGCGUUAAUAUAUGUAAAUAAUACGAAGCGAGGCUCAACUAAAAUGUAAUACAUCUUUGCAAGGAUGUUUGGUUCGGAGUUCGAUUCGUUUAAUUUGAUAAUGCGAAAUCUAAGUGUCCAAUUUAAGAAAUCAAGAAAAACGUUGAUGGCUGAUGUAAUAACAUGUGAUUUACAGUAAAUCAUGUUACAUAUUUCACAUUUUAUUCUUGCUUGAUAUGAGAUUUGUUCGUUUGCAUAUUCUGUUCUUUCCUUUUAUUUCCUCGAGACUUAAAUAUACGUUUAUCUCAAUUCAAAUGUAGAAAGUGCAGCUAAAAGGAACAGAUAUGCAUAUAUGUACUAUAUUUAAUACACGAUUAAUCCUUUAUACAAUAAUAAUCAAAUGAUUAAAAACAGUCAUGCUGUAUGUUGUAAAAUUAAAAUUAAUAUGCUAUUGACACUUUAUUUUAAUAUAUUGACGUAUAUAACAUGAACACACAUUGAAACUUUAUUUUAAUUUUAUUUCUAUUGUAAAUGUCUCUCUCUCUCUCUCUCUCUCUCUCUCUCUCUCUCUCUCUCUCUCUUUCCAAUGACAACUUAGAGAUCUUUUUAGAAUGUGCUGCAAUAUAACAUUUGUUACAACUAAAUGCAUGAUUAUGAGAUAUUAUAAAAUGUUUAUACAAAAUGUUUGCGAUUUAUUUUAUUAUAGUGUGUAAAUCCAAGAAAUAAUAAAGUUAAUCGAUAGCACCGCGUGUAGUAGAGUAGAAUUCUAGUAAAUCAAUUUGUGAAUUUUGAGAGAUUAACAAGUAUAUUUUUAUAUCUUUGUUUACAUGGUCCACUAUUACGCAAAUGUAGAACGUACAACACACAACAUUGGUAACAGGCUAUUCAAAUUAAUGUUAAAAACGUCUGUUAUAAUCAGUAUAAUUAACAAAUACAAAUACACUCAACGUCAUUCAAAGAAAUAUCCUGAAUCUCGAAUUAAUCGUUACAUUUAACGUUUUCUGAAAAGCAUCUUGUUCAAGAAAUAAAUAAAGCAAACGAAUCAUGACAUUAAAUAUUAUAAUAAAUAGGAUAAAUAAUUUAAUUAUACUAUAUUACCGUGAAUUAUGGUGCUAUAAUAAUUUUAAUGUAUAAGCGAUCAUGCAAGUGGAAAAUAUGAUUAUAUUAUUUCAAAUGGAGAUAUGCACGUUGCAUUGUGAAUGCAAAUAUUACCUGUAAUUAUACGCAAAAGUUAUGUAACGACAUAUGUUAUGUACAUAUUAACUACGCUAAUAACACAUUGUAUUUUAAUAAAUUUGCUGACGUUUC